AUGUCAAUUUGUUUCAAUUUAUUAAUUCUUCCUUUUCCGAUAUUACAAGCGUUAUUAGUAAAUAGCAAAUAUGGAAAAAUAGUGAAAAAAAAACACUCAAUUCAUCUGUGCUUAUAUAUAUUCAUAUCUAUCUCUAUCCCCUUUUGUCUGACUAUCUGUAUAUCUAUAUUUGUCAAUCUAUUUUUGACGAUAAUUUAUCUGUCUUCGUCUAUCAAUGUGUCUAUUCGUCUGUCCUUAUCUAUCUAUCUAUCUGUCUAUCUAUCCUUCUGUCUAUCUAUCUAUCUAUCUAUCUAUCUAUCUGUCUGUCUAUCUAGCUGUCCUUCUGUCUGUCUGUCUAUCUAUCUAGCUGUCCUUCUAUCUAUAUUAAUCUGUCUCUCCCUGUAUCCCUUUUUUGUCUCUCCUCAAUUUAUUAUCAAUUUCUCUUUUUUUCAAUAUGACAAGUGUUAUUAUGCUACACAUGAACAACACUCAACAUCUGUGUUUAUCCCUUUUUUUUUGUUUGUUUCACCCUUUUUCUAUGUAACUCACCCCUUUUUUCUCAGAGAAAAAAAUGGUACAUAUGAAAACACUCAACAUCUGCGAUUAUUCAUAUCUAUCUAUCUAUCCCAUUUUUUUGUUUGUUUCACCCUUUUUCUAUGUAUCUCACCCCUUUUUUCUCAGAGGAAAAAUGGUGAAAUAGAAAAGAAAGGGUGA